AUGCUCAUCGAUGACCAAGGAAGAAGACUUGAAUCCUUUGAUGAAAUGGCUACUGAAGUGACUGAGUUUUUCUCUGGUCUUUUAGGUAAUGCGGAUCCCGGGGUAAAAAACUGUGACCAUAAUCUUCUGAAAGAUCUGAUGCAAUUUAAUUUGCCUCCAUAUUAUUCAUCUAACCUUGUAAAGGCAGUAACUGAUGAAGAAAUCAAAGAGGCCAAUUUCAACCAAGGAAAUGAAAAAGCUCUAGGUCCUGAUGGAUUCACUCCAUACUUUUUCAAAAAAUUGUGGUCUGUGGUUGAAGAAGACGUAAUAAAAGCUAUUAAAUACUUCUUUCAAGAGACUUUCAUCCUUCCAGCCUUCAAUGCUACUACCAUUGUGUUGGUUCCAAAAGUCCCUAAUCCCAACAAGGUUAGAGAGUUUCGACCUAUUUUCUGUUGCUCUGUUAUAUACAAGACAAUUACAAAGAUCCUAGUCAAAAGGUUGACAACUCUACUUCCAGGAAUAAUCUCUCGCAACCAGUUAGCUUUUGUAAAAGGAAGAAAUAUUGUUGACAACACCCUACUUGCUCAAGAACUGGGAGCAAGGGGAAUAAGACAAUGUGACCAUAUUUCUCCAAUCUUAUUUGUUCUUGCAAUGAAUGUGCUCUCCAUAAUCCUCAACUUGGCUGCUGCCAGAGGUUUGUUUAGGUACCUUCCUAAAUGCAAGAAGAUCGGACUCACUCACAUUUCCUUUAUAGACGACCUACUUAUCUUCUGUAAAGGAAACAUUGAAUCAAUUACUAGAAUCAUUAGUGCCCUGGAUCAAUUCUAUGAAUUGUCUGGUCUAAAACUUAAUGCUGCCAAAUGCGAACUAUAUACUGCUGGAAUCUCUUUCAGGAAUCUUGAGCAUAUUUUAUAA